AUGACAGUCUCAGCCCUCCUCUUCAUAACCCGCAACCCAACCCUCACCCCCUCACAAUUCAAAACCCACUACGAGACCGUCCACGUCCCACUCAUAAAAGCACUAGCAGGCUCCGACUGGCCGCUCUCUCAUAAACGAACGUACAUCGCCAGACCUGCGCCCGGUGAUGAUAAUAGCCACCCUGCUGCCGUUCUUCUGGGGAGUCAGGAGGAUUUCUCAUACGACUGCAUUACGCAGGUGACCUUUGCUGAUGAGGCGGGGUUGAAGACGUUCUUUGCGAGGAGGAUGGAGCCAGACACGAAGGAGAUUGUCGAUGCGGAUGAGGAGAAGUUUUUGGUGGCGGAGAAGGUCAGGGUUGUGCUUUUGGGGGGAGAGGAGAUUACCCAGUGA